AUGAUAAAGCGCUCGCUCGUACAUGUUCUCUUUACUAUUUUGGUCGCCGGUGCUAUUUUACUCCUCGUGAUCAAUGUCCUACUUAAUUUCUCUUUCAACAUCGACCAUGGACGCCUAUGGCGAACUCUCAAACCUGCUCGAAGACCCUCAGUUACAGUGCCUGCGUCUUAUUCUCGAACUAAUAUCAACUCCAGCCUUCUACGCUCUAAAAAGUUGGUCGCGGUAUUUUUGCAUAUCCAGAAAACAGCCGGCAGCUUCAUCGAAAUGCAACUUACCAAAGUCGGUGUUUUAGGCCUGCCUUGCUCUUGCACGCGCGGUAUAAAAGUCUGCGAUUGCAAGCAAGACGGCCGUAUAUGGCUCUUUUGCAGAUAUUCUGUGGGCUGGCGUUGCGGCCUGCAUGCUGAUCUCACCGAGCUGACAAACUGUGUUCCAGGUAUGGUCGACCGAUUAGAAGACCGUCACAGAAUCCGCGAAUAUGCGUACUUUACGAUCCUGCGUGACCCCAUCGAACGUUACAUAAGUGAAUGGCAGCAUGUUCGUAGGGGGGCAACUUGGAAGGCAGCCAAACUCUUGUGUGCCGGCCAUCCGCCCCUGCCCAGCGAAUAUCAGCCCUGUUAUCGUUUGUCCUCAUCCUCAUCGACAUCAAUAGAAGAAGAAGAUGCAGAUUCGGACGAUCUCACAUGGACGAACGUCUCCCUUGAUCACUUUGCGGACUGCCGAUUCAACCUCGCCAACAACCGUCAAACUCGUAUGCUGGCCAGCCUCGAGCCUUUGGGUUGUUAUGCCGACCUCACCAACUGGACCGCCGCAGUCCCUGCCGCGGCUACCCGCAUCCUGACCUCUUCCCAACAGGCCCUUCUGGACUCCGCCAAGGUCAACCUGGCCACACGGAUGGUCGUAUUCGUUCUGUCCGAGUACAUGUCCUACAGUCAGUACCUUCUCCAGAGAGCUUUCGGCAUCGUCUUCCGACAGACAUUCUUUGAUCCUCAGGCCUCCCCUCAUCUGACUCAUGCAGAUCUAGCCCGCCAGAGUCUGGAGACAAACAGGUUUGGUACUGCAGGCUGGCGUCGCCUUGUUGCCGCGCACAAUGCACUAGAUCUGCAUCUCUGGGCGUUUGCACGUGGACUCUUUGCCGCGCGGUUGGCGGCUGCCCUUCGGGUAGACUCACGCCUUCCUCGUAGCCUCCGCCGUUUGAUAACCUCACGCUUGCUUACGUCAGGGCAGCAGGCUCUUAUUCUUGAUACGAAUUUCCGUCGCAGGAUAGAUCAAGUCCUAUUUAAG